CUGGGUUUGGGGCUCUAAGCAGCUUGAUGAUGAAGUUUUUGGCAGCACCAAAAAAGCCUUCAAGUUUAUUACAACAUUUAUGUUCCUGAUAACGGCGAUCGCAUUAGUUGGAGGAGUGGCGGGUCUUUUGAUUGGGAGGAAAAGAGAUCCUGCACCGGAUUCCUACUCUAAACAAAUGAAGUACCUUACCGUGGGAUCCAGCUUUUGCGGCCUUCAAGCGGUUUUGUCCUUAGCAUACUCUGCUGCCUGUUGGUAUAUAACUGGAAGACCUUUUGGCGGACCUUUUGGCGGAAAUUCUGAACGGCCCAACGCUAGGGUUCCGGAGGUUCCAUUACAGAGGAGGAUCGCAUCACGAAGCAGGGCCACCUUCUCGACUGUUUAUAGUUCCGUGACUUCUUUCUUCACAACCACAAAUUCAUCACGUUAAUUGUGUCAAACUCUCGUGUCUUAUGAUUAUUCAUGUACAAAACCACCUCCAAAAACAACUUUAACAAUUUGAAAGUUAGUUGUUCCAACAUUAUACUCCGUAAUUG